GAGUCGAGUGUUGUGUUGACAUUCGUCAUUCAAUUCACGAUAACAGUUUGUUUCCUUGUUUGUUAAUUCGAAACGGUAAUUCCACCGAACCUAUUUCAACCAAAAAUAGAAAGGCCGAGAAUUCAUUAAUUUAGUGCAGUCGAACAAGUAUGGCUCCCGUCGAUGCAAAUACCGUUUCCAUUGAACCAGAGAUGAGAAAUUUAACUCUAUCAGGUCAUGUCGGCUUUGAUUCCUUGCCAGAUCAAUUGGUCUCCAAGAGUGUGCAAAGUGGAUUUAUUUUCAAUAUAAUGUGCAUAGGCGAAACGGGAUUGGGGAAAUCCACGCUGAUGGAUUCCCUUUUCAACACCAACUUCGAAUCAAGCCCAAGUCCACACUCUUUGCCUUCAGUGAAACUGAAAGCUCACACUUACGAGUUGCAGGAAAGCAACGUCAGGCUAAAGUUAACGAUAGUCGAUACGGUGGGUUACGGCGAUCAAAUCAACAAAGAGAACAGCUUCAAAGCCAUCGUCGACUACAUAGACGCCCAGUUCGAGAACUACCUGCAAGAAGAGUUGAAGAUUAAGAGAUCUUUAUCGACGUUCCACGACACCCGCAUCCACGUGUGUCUCUAUUUCAUAUGCCCGACCGGCCACGGUCUCAAAUCCAUCGAUUUAGUUUGCAUGAAACAACUCGACCAGAAAGUAAACAUCAUUCCGAUCAUCGCCAAGGCCGAUACCAUAUCGAAGACGGAAUUGCAGAAAUUCAAAUCGAAAAUCAUCGCCGAAUUACAAAACAACGGCGUGUCGAUCUACGAGUUCCCCGUCGACGAUGAAUCCGUCUCCGAGAUUAAUUCCACGAUGAAUUCGCACGUUCCGUUCGCGGUCAUCGGCAGCACCGAUUUCAUCAGAGUGGGCAACAAAAUGGUCAGGGCCAGGCAAUACCCUUGGGGCACCGUUCAAGUCGAAAACGAAUCUCACUGCGAUUUCGUGAAGCUGCGCGAGAUGCUGAUCAGAACGAACAUGGAGGAUAUGCGCGAGAAGACGCACAGCAGACACUACGAGCUCUACAGGAAGAAGAGGCUGGAGGAGAUGGGUUUGAGCGACGUGGACGAGGACAACAAGCCGGUGAGCUUCCAGAAGACGUUCGAGGCCAAAAGAUCCACGCACUUGCAGGAGUUGCAGCACAAGGAGGACGAAAUGCGGCAGAUGUUCGUGGUGAGGGUGAAGGAGAAGGAGUCGGAGCUCAAAGACGCGGAAAAGGAGUUGCACGCGAAGUUCGAUAAAUUGAAGAAGGAUCACACGGAGGAGAAGAAGAAAAUCGAGGAUUCUCGCAAGAAACUCGAAGAUGAAAUCGUCGAGUUCAAUAGAAGGAAAGCUCAAUACCAGCAGAUGAGUCAAAGCCAUCAUACUCUCACUCUUGGCAAAAGGCUGCAUAAUAAAUUUUUAUGAAGAACAUGCCAUUUAUAUGGAAUAAAUAGAAAAAUUAAGGUCGUAGUGCCAUGUACGUCCAUAACAUUGCAGUUUAAAUUGUAGAUUUUAAUUGUAUGUAUUUUAUACGUUUCGUUUAUUUUAAGUAUGUUCACCAAAGCGUAUUUAACCGAUACGGUAAUUAAGAAUUAUAUUUAUUGUGCAUAAUAUUAAGUAUUGAACGAUGUAUUAUUUUUAAAAAAAUGUUUGUGUCUCAUACGUAUUUAAGAGC